UGAGGCAUUGUGAGCUGCACAAAAUGGCGUUCUUAACUCAAUUUGGCCCAAAAUGCACGUACGACAAAUAAGCACGACGGCGACGAGAUGCUGAUGCAACCUGUGGCUGCUACUAUUUGAAAUUCAAAAUAUGAAAAUUUAACAAUAGUUUCCUAAAUUUUUCGGGCCUUAAAAUCUCGUGUAAAUUCAAAAACAUUGUAAUGAAAGUAGUUAUGCAAAAGCAACAAACAAUUCAAAUAUCGAACGUCAUCAAUUAAUGGCCCUUUGAACUUUACCAGCAACAAAACCAGGGAUGAGUUAUCAGCAGAAAUAAAUUCAACAAACGAAUGGUUAUUUAUGAAACAUCCGAUCAAGCGCCACUACCUUCGCGAGAUGCAGUUCACUUUUUGUUAGUUCAUCUUUGCACAAAGAUCAGUAAAGUUUCCUUCAGAAUCAAAAUGCCACUCGACGAGAUUGGAACCAGAAGUUCCGUUCUUCUGGCCACUGGAGUUGGUUUGGCCUCAGCCACCGGUUAUGGACUUUACAAAUAUCUAGCAAACUACUGGGACAAUCAACCGCCUCAAAAAUGGCGCCAGGUGGGCGAACUAGCCGAUCUCUACAUCUACCCGAUCAAGUCCUGCGGAGCAAUCCGCGUUACCCACAUGGAUUGCACCAUCAUUGGCCCAAAGCUCGGUCUGCUGCGAGAUCGCAUCUUCAUGGUGACCAGAACCGACGGGACUUACAUCUGCGCCAGAACCUUUCCCAAACUGCUGCUCAUUCAGCCCUCGUUUAACGAGCAGUUCGAGCAGAUGACCCUGUCCGCCCCGGGAAUGCCGGACAUAACCGUGCCCGUUAACGAUCUGUUCUCCGUGGACCCCGUCAAGGCCUGGGUCUGGGGUCAGCCCGUAACGGCGACCGACUGCAGCGAAGAGCUGGCCCGUUGGAUAUCGCGAUUCGUGCUGAACGAAGAGUCCGGCUUGCGGUUGGUAUUCUACCCGUUGGACAUUCCGACGAGGCCGGUUCGCGAGAGGCAGCAUGUCAAGCUGACGGCCCGGGACACCGGAGCGUUGCACAACUCGACCAGCUUCAUGCUGCUGACGGAGGCUUCCGUCGGGGAUUUGAACCGGCGGCUGCAGAAGCCCGUUACGGCGCAGCAGUUUAGGCCGAACUUUGUCGUGAAGGGACCGGGCGCGUUCGAGGAGGACGACUGGAAGUGGAUCAAGAUUGGGGAGACGGUGUACCGGAACGUUAAGCCGUGUAACAGAUGCUCUGUCAUCACUGUUGAUCCGGAAACGGGAGUUCGAAGCAACGAAAACGAACCAAUGAAAACGCUGAAAACGUAUCGGAUGAAGCCGGGCCUAGAAACUCCGGUGAUGGGUAUGCAGAUGGGUAUCCGAACGGAAGGGACUGUCCGGCUUGGAGAUGCAGUUUACGUUGGAUACUGAUAGAUAAUUUAAUGUAUAAUAAAGUGUUAAUUGAAAAUAUAAUGCAAAAGAGAAUCAUUCAUACUUAUUUCAAAAUAAAAUACCUUCUUGUUUCUUGUU